AUUGAAUCUUGUCGUUAUUGUCAUUUUCUUGGAAACACAACAUAUUCAAGUCAUUAACAACACUAAUAUACUUUACUUUAUUAAAAUUUGUGUCUUCUUCUUGAGAAAUUUUAUUUUCAAUUGUUGAGGUUAGAGAUUUUUUCACAAAAGAAAUUUAAUAAAAAGAUGACAAGAAAAGAGAAAUAAUUGAGGAAAUAGGUUAUAAUUUAAUUUUACGAAAGCAAAAAUUUCGUUAAUAUAAAUUCUAUAUUAUUUUUAUAAAAAGUAAUCAAAGAACAAACUUAAUAAGUUUUUAGAUAGUUAAUAGAUCAAAAUUGUUAAGUGUAUAAUUAAGGGAUUAUUUUAAACUACUCUUAUAUUUAUGACAUUUUCUCAUUAAAGUUGAAGAAAAAUCAUCCCUAACUAAACACAUCACUAAGUUCAAUUCACUCUAACAAUGGCGUUAGAGCUCCCAAAUGAUCUGAUUCAACAAGCCAAGAUCUCGACCCGAACCGAAUCGGGUCUACCCGAUUACCUCCCCGAUGACCCAUCACUUCCAUCUCUACCUUCUCUUUCCGCCACCGUCGCAGCCUUCGAUCCGUCUCCGCCCUAUCUCCGCUGUAAGAACUGCCAUGGUCGGCUUCUCCGAGGGGUGCAGUCGUUGAUUUGUGUAUAUUGUGGGGAGAAAUUGCACCGGAAUGCGGAAGUUGCUCCUGACCCGAUUUCGUUUAGGAAUACUGUUGGGUAUCGAUGGUUUUUACAAGGUCUUCGUCUUGAUGGAUCGGAGAAGGUUGGAGCAGCUACUGAGAAGAAUCAGGUAAACAAGGGGCCGAGUUCACCUCAUGAUGAAGUUCUUUUGUCUGAUUUCCUUGAUCUGAAAAUAAGAUGGCCAACUGAGCUGGAGACGGACAACACUAUCACGAACAAGAAGCUAGAGCUAAGCAAAAGCUCUUACAAUCCAACAGGAUUUGACCUGGAUAACUUUCUUUCUUUUCCAAAGGAGGAGAAUUUAUCCAGCGCGUACAAAGAACACAGAGUCAUAAGCAAUAAUAUUGUGUCUUCAGCAAAUAAAACAGUUGGAAAUGAUGAGGAUCUUAGUCUGUUUGAGAAUCUUAGAUCCUCUGAACCAGCUGUGACCUCUUCUACUGUCACAAAUAGAACAGUUGGAAGUCAUGAGGAUCUUUGCAUGUUUGAGAAUCUUAGAUCCUCUGAACCAGCUGUAACCUCUUCUGCUGUCCAAAGUAGUGAUGACUUUUCUGGAUGGCAAGCAGAUUUUCAGAGUUCAGGAGAGCAGAAUGUGUCCAAUGCAUCUAGCUCUCCUGUAACUGCUGCAGUUGGUUCUGGAGGUCAGCAUGCCUUUGCAGCAUUUGACACCUCUAUGAGUUCCACAGUUAGUUCUGAAACCCAGCACGAGGCUUCCAAAUCAACUGAUGCCUUCGUUGGCACAGAUAUUGAUCUUUCUGCUCAGUUAGACACAGUUUUUGGAACCACAGAAGGUCCAACAGAUGGGAAACUGAAGGAUGUCGUGGCAGUUUCUCCUGCAGCUAAUGACUGGCCAGCAGUUGACCUAUGGGAUAGUGCAAAUCCGGAAGCAUCAGAGAAAGUUGGGGAAAUUCUUCCUAUAUCCAAAACCAAGGACGCUGAAUUACAAAAUAGUUCAAACGAACCCUCAACUAGCAUUGAUUGGUUUCAAGAUGACACAUGGCAGACUCAUAAUGCACCCGCACCUAAACAUGAUACAUCAAAUGGAGAACAUGAUUCUUUUGACGAGUGGGAUACUUUUACCUCCUCUGCACCCAUCAAAGAUCCAUUUGAGAAUGUACCUGCAAUUAAAAUUGAUACAUCAAAUGGAGAUCAUGAUUCUUUUGAUGAGUGGAAUACCUUUACCACCUCCUCUGCACCGAGUAAAGAUGCAUUUGAGAAUACGCUGGUGCAAACCAACAAAGACAAUAACAGUAACGCAGAACUAGCAGAUUUCAGUUCAAACCUUGAAGAUAUGGAUUUUGGCAGUUUUUCGCUGUCAGAUUCUUUUUCAGGUGCACCUGGUAAAGAGAGUAUUUCUGCAGAAGUGAAUGGAAAUAUUCUGGAAGUUCCUACCAUAUUCAGUGGAGUUGAUACCCCAAGCAAGGCUGGUGACAAUGCUGUGCAUGCUUCAGAGAAUGCAGACAUUCGUGAUGAAUUGAAUCCAUCAAAGAGUGAUAUGGAUAUAGAAGGUAUAAUGUCGCAGAUGCAUGAUCUUUCUUUUAUGCUCGAGAGCAAUCUAUCCAUUCCCUCGAAAUCGAACACUUCUCUUCCCAAGGAUUGAUACUCAGUUUGCUCAUGUGGUUUGACUUCAAGAUUCAUGAUUCAUGUAAUCUCAUGUAUUUUAUUGUAAGAGAAUACGAUCGUUUUUGUAGCUUGUUAUCUUAAAUUUCUUGAAUGGGUGCAAAUGAGUGACACGUUUGUUAGCAUGAUAUUUUGUUGUAACUGAAGAGAGAAAUAGAAGAGCUUGCUUUUUCUUUUUC